AUGUGUUACUAUAGUAACGCUCGAGAGCCUCGUUGUCUCGCUCAACCUCUCCGCUUCUCCUUCUUCAAAGGUGAACCGCAUUUGACAACACUGUUGUGCAGUCGACCUGCUCAUGACAUAAAUACUACCACCUGGGUCACAACUGAUGACUCCGGUAAUGAUGGAGUUGUGACAUGUAAACACCAGACUGAUGACUCCGGUAAUGAUGGAGUUGUGACAUGUAAACACCAGACUGAUGACUCCGGUAAUGAUGGAGUUGUGACAUGUAAACACCAGACUGAUGACUCCGUUAAUGAUGAAGUUGUGACAUGUAAACACCAGACUGAUGACUCCGUUAAUGAUGGAGUUGUGACAUGUAAACACCAGACUGAUGACUCCGGUAACGAUGGAGUUGUGACAUGUAAACACCAGACUGAUGACUCCGUUAAUGAUGGAGUUGUGACAUGUAAACACCAGACUGAUGACUCCGUUAAUGAUGGAGUUGUGACAUGUAAACACCAGACUGAUGACUCCGGUAAUGAUGGAGUUGUGACAUGUAAACACCAGACUGAUGACUCCGGUAAUGAUGAAGUUGUGACAUGUAAACACCAGACUGAUGACUCCGUUAAUGAUGGAGUUGUGACAUGUAAACACCAGACUGAUGACUCCGGUAAUGAUGAAGUUGUGACAUGUAAACACCAGACUGAUGACUCCGGUAAUGAUGGAGUUGUGACAUGUAAACACCAGACUGAUGACUCCGGUAAUGAUGGAGUUGUGACAUGUAAACACCAGACUGAUGACUCCGGUAAUGAUGGAGUUGUGACAUGUAGAUGGAGUUGUGACAUGUAA